GCCGAUGUUCUAGUCUCGCCUCCUUCGCAAUACACAAUUUACCAUAUUGCAAAGCUUUACAAAGGAAUUUGCUAAUCCCAUGUUUUACCAGACUCAAGUGUAAAAAAAUACGAAGACGUAACAGUACAUGCCAACAUGGCGCCCGUAUUUUUCGCCAAUAUGCAAGCGGUAGUGUUUGCAUAUUUUGUCGGGGGAAUUUCUGGAAUUGCCGUUGCGAUCAGAUUGGCCUGUAAACGCUGCGGUGCGCUUUCAAGACGCCUGCGCGGUGCCCAGCUGGACGUUUUCGAUGUUCCGCCCAUUGAACAUUCAUUCCUGAAGAUACCUACAUAUCAAGAUCUUAAGAGGGCAAAUGAAAGGCCUAACGCUCGUGACAUCGGACGGCAAUAUGUGGAUUAUCUACGAUUCAAAGAUAAUUAUGAAGAAGCGGCACGCGUCUGCCCAGAGCUGCUGGGCAAUGACAGAGUUGCGUGGGAAGAACAAGUGGCAGAAUUCUCUCGUGCUGGCAAGAUGAGAAUUCUGGCACCGUACAUACCGGUUUCCAACGACUUCCAGCUGGCACCCGAAUCGUAUAGACUUGCUCUGUUAUCCUUUCUGCCAGAUGAUUACGAGCGAUUUCUUCGCAAGGCGAAGGAAUGGUCAAGCGUAUUACAUAAUGUUCAAUCCAUUAUUAACGCAGUGUUAGAGACCUUGCUGAACAAUCCUAAGCAGCCGGUCUUACUGGAAUCGCUGAUCAUUUUCUAUACGCUGGCUGGACAAUAUGAUCAAGCGCUGAAAAACAGCGUAAUGCUCAAGCAUCCAGACGUAUUCCCGUUAAUCAAAGAGCACAAUUUAUACAAAGCCAUCGUUGACCAGCAGGUGCUUGUAGGCUUAAUGGAUAUUGAUAUUACACAAACUGUGCGUCUGCUGACGGACCAUAGUGAUCAUAUCGGGACACAUGUUGAUCCAAUCAUUUUAAUUCGCAAGAUCAGAAAUGGGUUGCAGAUACCCGGUCUCCGGGAUUCGCUCGUUCAAAUUCUACAGGAUUAUAACUGGCAGAUGACCUUACGAGACGGUUAUCGAAAGAUAAUGCUUAGCGACUGUUAUGAACUGCUGAUGAAAUUACUUAAACUGCGCCAACGAGGACUUUCUGUUGAUUCGGAAUUAAUCUGCCACAUUUGCAAGAACAGGGUGGUUCGGAAGAACAGUACCAACUCUGACCUUAAUGAUGGAGUAACCGUCUUCCGGUGUAAACAUGCAUUCCACACCGGCUCUGUCCUAACGGCCGCCGUGGGAUGCCCUGUAUGUGACAUAGGACGAAAAGACGAGUCCGACGCUUCUUCUCAUCAACCCCGUUCGAUGAAGUGCGCCGACAAACCGCCACACGCAGCGGAAACCAGCAACCGGAAUCACUACCGUUUCCGACAGCUGUCGGAUGCAGUCAGUCCUGCUGUUAGCGAAACUCUGGCAGUGCUCAGCCAGCCGACACACGAUCUUUCUAAGUGUUUCGGUCGUAGGAUUCCCGCGAAGACGGUGGAAGUGAGCUUGAGUUCCUUUUCAGAGCAACGUUUCAGAGCUGCUGUUGUACGUGGCAAUGUGACCGUGAUUCUAAGCACUUUGCCGCGAGCUAAUCCAUCUGAGGAAGAUUUGUUUUCCAAACUAAUACGAUUAUCAUAA